AUGAAGCCGGUAGCUCCGCAUAACCCCUCAGCUAUUCCAGAGGAGGAGGGGGGGGCCGGGGAUGGCCCAGCUGCUCCUCUGAGGAGCAAAACUGGGACUCGCCGCUUCCGGCCCCAGAAGCGGACCGCUAGCAGAGAGGGCUCUGGGACUCCAGUCCCCCUUAGCGGCGCGCAUCGUGAUGACGUCACUCCGGCCCGCGAGGCCCCUGGGAUCCGCGGUAGUUCUCGAGGAGCGGGUCUCAGGUUCGGCAGCGGUGGCCGGGGGACGACACUUCCCAGGAGUCUGCGCGGCGGCGCGACGAGAGCCGCGCGAGGCUGUGAUUGGCUGAUGAGCCGGCCGCACGCGGAGGAGCUCAAGAAGCCGCUCUGUUGCGACAGAGCCCGAGCGGCGAGGCCCAGUGAGUUGGGGGAAGGGGCGCUAGAAGGAGGCGGGGGCGGGGGAGGGUGCCGGCCGGUGAGGGGGUGA